AUGACACGGGCACCCGGCAACAACCAGCGCUUCGUCUAUCCACCUCAAGCUCGAGGAACUGCUGAGCAGGAUGAUGGAGGCCAUGCCACGCAGCCGGAUCCCGUUACUCUCGCGCCAAUGGAGGAGGUUAUGCAACGCAGCAGUUCGCACUCCGUCUUCCUACGGGAGCCCUCUCUGCCCCGGGAGCUCUCGUUCUUCUCCAGCCCGAGCAUCACUCCCGAAAUCUCAAUGGGUAUCGCCAUGUACUUCGCUCGCCACCCGACCGAACUUGUGUUUGGAUCCGCGCCCUUCUUCAUUCAUGAGAUGAAUACGCAUGUGCUCGGAGUCCUGCAAUCUGAUGUGGAAGCAGUAGGCGACGGGCUCUGCGGGAUCGGGUCUGUGUAUAUGUAUAACCAAGGUUGCAGUUCUGGUCUGGAGCUGGCUCUGGGAUCGAGAAUCAAGACGCUGGCGAGAAUUCGAAAGAGUGGCCACGAGGGCCUCGGACGCUUGACCGUCGAGCAGGCCGUGGCCAUGAUACUGGCUCUCGUCAGUAUGGAACUGAUUGAUACCCACUACGAUCCGGCUGAGUCGUCUCUAGGUGCGCUUCAUUCGGCUGCCGCCGCCAUGAUCCACCAUUUUGUUUCCGCAGGCGUCAAGUUAUCCUCCACAGCGAAAUACAUGACCCGAGCUCUGGCUAGAGAGGAUAUGGUCAUGUCGCUCGUUUAUCGAAGAAGGAAUCUCAUCGCCACCUCCGUUUGGCUCGACGAUGAAUGCAAAGCGAGCGCAGAUCGCUUCAUGGGCUUCACCAUGACACUUAUGCCACUGCUAGAAGAGCUUUGUGGCCUGGCAGAGGACGCGGCACAACAAAAUGACCACCCCGUCCUAACUGAUCUAGAUGGGAGUCUCGGAAUGGAUGGCGCUCAGACAAAGCUUGAGUCUCGUGCCGAAGACCUUCGUACACGCCUAUCACUCUGGCGCCCGCCCUUCAUCCCCACCUUCUCCGGCCCAUCGUCGCGCAAAUUCCUCCUUCACGCCGCCAUGUACCGUACAGGCGCACUCCUCUAUCUCCACCGCCUUCUCCACCCUCACGGCUCGUCCCCCUCCCACGACAAGGAGGCUUGCCUGAUCGCAUACGACGUCUUCGCCCAACUUUCCCCAGAGGCCCGCGACAACCGUCUUGCGCUCUUCCCUAUCUUCCUUGCGGCCUGCGAGUUUCAGAAGGACGAGGAUAGGCGCAUGGCGGAAGAGUGCUCGGAAGCUAUGUAUAAGAGUCGGAAUACGUAUUCGACGUGGGUGACGGGUCGGUUUGUUAAAGAGAGAGUUUGGAGGGCUAGGGAUGCUGGGGAGGACUGGGGAUGGAUGGAGUUGGUGCGAAGGUGGGGCGGUGAAUGCGUGCCUAUUUGA